UGCUCCCCAUCCCGCAGUCAAAGUCGUAUCUUCCACCGACAAAUCACCCCCCAAAUCCGUCAAAAUGGUCAAGGUUAACGCUUCCAUCCACGACUCUCGUCGCAAGAGCCGCGCCGCUCACUUCAAGGCCCCCUCUUCCCAGCGCCGUGUCAUCAUGAGCGCUCCUCUCUCCAAGGAGCUCCGUGAGCAGUACAACGUCCGCUCCAUCCCCAUCCGCAAGGACGACGAGGUCACCAUUGUCCGUGGCUCCAACAAGGGCCGUGAGGGCAAGGUCACCUCCGUCUACCGUCUCAAGUACGUGAUCCACGUUGAGCGUGUCACCCGCGACAAGGCCUCUGGCCAGUCCGUCCCUCUCGGCCUCCACCCCUCCAACGUUGUCAUCACCAAGCUCAAGCUUGACAAGGACCGUGAGGAGAUCCUCGCCCGCUCCAAGCGCGGACGUGAGCUCGCCACCAACACCAAGGUCUCUGCUUAGGCGUUUCCUUUGAAAAUGGGGUAACGAAAAGCUUUGACGUCUUAUUAUAUUUUUUUCGGAUAAACGUGUCCAAGGAACAACAUCAGGAAGUGUGGAAUGGGCAUACACUCAGGCGUUUUGAUAUCUUUUGAUACCCUUUGCUGCCCAAGAGGCGCAUAGGAUUUCGGCAGGGUAGAAGAAUGAGAAUUUUAUGGUUCUCAAUGGCCAUUUCACCUAUUUGUGAAGUGCUCCAUGGGAGGCGUUUCCCGAAGUCUUGUGCCCCAGCCGCGAUGCAGUGAUCCAUUCGUCGGUGGCAUUGAUUUUGUGCCAACCAUGAGUGCAACAAAUGUUUACCUCGUAAUCUCUAACAACCAGCUCGUAGCCAACGACAAAACUGUAAUCUUCUUUUUCCCCGCCAACUAUCACCUCGUUGACCAAUUUAGAUGGUCUCCGAGAUAAACGACUGGCGAAGAGCGACCCAGUAGGAGAUACUAUUACAAUCAUGAAUCCUCCUACUCUCUUCUGAAGAAUUUCCACCGAGAAGCAAUUUAAUGAUGUAGAAAUUUUGAUGGAGAGGCACAUUUUUGUAUACACUACAAGAACUAUUAUGACGCCAAAUCCAUGAACCAAACCAGAAAGAUACUAUGGCAAGUACCAUAUCAAUAUCAAUAUACAUAUGAUAUAACUAUAACACAAACACACAAAUUGGUGAAGGGUCCAGUAUUUGACGCAGAGCCUUGACUUUCGGUAGCCGUACCGCCCUGAAGUAUCUCUCCUUCCCGAGCCAUAAAUAUUCCUAGUGUCGGCUUUGCUGCGCCCAGUUACAAUAGAAAACAAUGAAGGAUAAUUCCAUCUAAUUUGUAUGUAUGGCUGUUUAAUGCGUGACAAUACAUCUCCAUUGCCAUUGCCGAGAUAGAAUACGGCGCAGCAUGCUGUAAAACGUCUUCUCUAGAGAUGAUACAAAGGGUUAGGAGCUUAGUCUCGAAUGCCAAGAGGAGGUGUAUUCUCAUUAUGUAUCUCCUGACUGAACUUCGUAAGAGCCUCAAACUUCGCCGUUCCUGAAGGUCGUUGGUUGGGAGUAGAGGCAGCGUUUGCCAACGUUGGGGCUAGACAAGCGCUCGCAUGUCCAGAAUAUUGUGGGAGGACGCCUUGGAUAGUUGUAGAGGAUACUGUCCCGGGGAUAAUACCGGCAUUGCUUUUGCUUUUGCGUAGCAUACUCUGCCAAAUUGCAUUUCGCGUUUUA